AUGUCGACGCCUCAAGAAGCUGCCCUCGUGGCCGCCAGCGGCUCGUUGGCCAGUGAGCUCAAUGCGCUCGUGCAGAGCACGAACUUUGACGACAAGAUCUGUCUCGAGGACUUUACGCUCAUCCGCGUGAUCGGCAAAGGCUCGUUCGGCAAGGUGACGCUCGUGCGCAAGAAGAACAACAGCAAGGUCUUUGCCAUGAAGAUCUUGACCAAGUCGCACUUGCUCAAGCGCAAGCAGGUGGAGCACACCAAGACGGAGCGGCGCGUGCUGAGCGUUGCGAGCCACCCGUUCAUUGUGGGUCUCCAUUACGCGUUCCAGACCGAAGCCAAGCUCUUUUUCGUGCUGGACUAUUGUCCCGGCGGAGAGCUCUUUUUCCACCUCUCGCGCAUGGGCAAGUUUGACGAAGAGAUGGCGCGCUUUUACGCUGCCGAGCUCGUGGUAGCGCUCGAGCACUUGCACUCGCUCGGGGUUGUCUACCGUGACCUCAAGCCCGAGAACAUUUUGCUGGACGAGAUGGGGCACAUUAAACUGGCAGACUUUGGCUUGGCCAAGGACGAAGUGACGGAGAUUGACAGUGGCGCCACGUCGCUCUGUGGUACGCCCGAGUACUUGGCGCCGGAAGUGCUGGCUCGAAAGGGUCACGGCACGGCAGUGGACUGGUGGGGACUGGGCAUGGUGCUGUACGAGAUGCUGACGGGUUUGCCGCCUUGGUACACGCGCAACCGCCAAGAGCUCUUUGCGCGCAUCCGAGAAGCGCCGCUCGAGAUUCCCAAUUAUCUGAGUCGCGACGCUGCAUCGCUUAUCCAGUCCCUGCUGCACCGCGAACCCGAGAAGCGACUGGGGAGUCGAGGCGCGGGCGACGUCAAGGUACACCGUUUCUUCCGGACAGUCGACUGGGAUAGUCUGCUGUGGGCCGAGCCGCCGUUCAAGCCGUCGGACCCGCAGUCGAAGGAAGAAGGCGACACGUCGAACUUUGACAAGGAGUUUACAGAGCUGCCGGUGAGCGGCACGCCGCUGAGUAAAUCUGCUGGCGGGUCUGGGCUACCGAAGAGCAUGUUCACGGGCUUUACGUACGAGGCACCGACCAUGUCGUUUGGCUCCAACACUUCGCAGUCGAAGGUCGAUGUGUCGUCGACCCCGUAUAUUUAG